AUGACUGAAGUGUCAAAAGAACAAAUCGAGGAGGAGAUCGAGCUGAAAUUCUGGCUCUUCUUCAUCGGCUACAUCGUGUGUUCGGUCGCCUGGAUCGGAUACUGCAUCAUAAGCCAUAGGAGAGAUGUAGAGACAUUGAAGGCUAUGGAGGAGCAGCAGACGGGAAGGCGGGUUGAGCAAGAGAGAUUACUGCGAAAGUACGAGAGCGUCCAAAUGGAGGCGGCCGUACGGAGGAGCUUGUUGUUGGAGCCGACGGCCCCACCGGUUGAUGUUCACGAUAUU